GUCAUGGCGGAGGCCAUACACAGCCAGAUUUCGGGCGACUUUCUGGAGUGUACAAUCUGUCUGGAGCCAUUUAAGGAACCCAAGAUCCUGCCGUGUCUUCACACCUUCUGUAAGGGCUGUCUGGAGAAGUUUGUAGGGAAACAAGGUGAAGGGAAGUUUCCAUGUCCAACAUGUCGGACCGAAACUGUACUUCCGGCGGGCGGUGUCGCCGGGCUCAAAAACAACUUCUUCGUCCUGAGCUUGAGGGACACCGUUCAAACUCACAAGAGUCUUGUUAGCAAGGAGGAUGCCAAAGUGUCUUGUGGUGUCUGUGAAGAACAUGUGGCUAACCACUACUGUGUUGUGUGUGCAGAGUUUUUGUGUAAAAACUGCACUCGAGUCCAUCGUCUCCUCAAAACCACACGUAAUCAUGAAGUCACUGGUGUGGCAGAGCGUAAGGAGCUGCUGAUCACCAAAACGUCAUCAUCACUGCCGACGUGCCCAAAACACAAAUACGAGAAGCUCAAGUUCUACUGUGAGACGUGCCAGCACCCCAUCUGCCGAGACUGCACGGUACUGCAGCACAAAGACCACAAGUACGUCUUGCUGACAGACGUUGUAAGGGACGUCAGGGCAAAGAUCAAAUACAAACUCGCAACUGCCGGGCCGAAAAUUGAGGAAUACCGGGAUGUCGCAGGGGUCAUAAAUGAGAAGCAGGUAGAACUGAACACCAGGAGUAAGAAAGCUGCAGACGACAUCGAUGCAGCUGCGAAGGAAGAGAUCAAGUAUUACAGUGGCCUGGUCAGACGCAAGCAGACUGAACUGAAAGAAAAGUUAGCGGCCGUCACAGCAGCCCGUUCCAAGCAGCUCUCUGCUACAGCAGACAGUGUUGAGAGUACCUUAGGCUGUCUGUCCAGCACAGUGGACUUCUCUCAGAAAGUCGUGGAGCAUGGCAGUGACUUUGACGUCAUGAACGUGUACUCUGACGUCACGGCCCGGCUCGAGUCUCUGCUGAAAGGUCCAACCCCGGACAUUCCUGACGACAUCAGUUACGUCAGGUUUGAUUACAGGACAGACCGAAAAGACCGGGAAAUCAUCUUUGGUGACAUUGUCGCUGACGAACAGACAACUGAGUUGUUGGAGCGGACCACCAUGAUGUUUACUGAAAACGCCCUGCAAAAGUUCAGACAGAGCAAACCAAACCAGAGGGAGACAGAGCUAGCUACAUCAGCAGAAAGCAAUCUGCUGACAAAGCUAAGCUGCAAACUUGGUUCUGACUGGCGGCGGCUGGGAGCUGCGCUGCGGAUCCCACAACCACGACUGGACAGCAUACAGGCACGGUACAGCAACGCCAUCCAGCGGACCUGUAAGGUAAUGACGGUCUGGAUGGGCGGAGGGGACCACGGACUUCCGCACGACCUCAAGCAGCUGGAGACAGUCUUGACAGACAUGGACAGGGCUGAUCUCUUAGACAUUGUGAAAACUGCCUACAAGGACUUCAUAAAGGAGAUGCCGGAGGUGGAGGUGGAACCUGAGGCUUCUGUGGAUGACCAGGGGGUUACGACAUGGUCUGUACAACUGCCUGGCCGAGGGAAGUACGUGUGCAAACAAACCGACCUGGGGGUCGUUACCCCCUGUCCUGUCCAGCUGACCUACAGGACAGUGAACCCGUCUGACUACUGGCCGGAGAACGAGGACUGGGAGCUGAUUGGUCCGCUCAUCCACAUCCAAUGUAACCAUGACGACGGCGUACCCGUGGAGCUCCUCCUACCGCACAUCCUGGACCUGACACAGGAGGAUGGCAGCGCUCUUACUACGGAUGAUGUCAAGGCUGCCCAAGUUGUGGCGGGGAACAUAACACUUCAUCCUGCAGACAUCACGCCCACCCACGUCAUCACCAGGCAUAUGAAGGGAAGUCUGUGGGCCUCUGUACUGCAGAAACUCCGAGCUCUCUCCGCCAACAGGAGGGGACUCCUCACUCUCUUCAAAGCGUCUAUGACUCAGGACGCUGUGGAUGUAAAGGCUCACAUCGUCUCAAACACUAUGGAUAUUGUCAAGGCAUUGCAGGAAUACAUGUCCCAGCUUGAUCCAAAGUUCUACUGGUGGGACUCCAUCACCUGCCAGGGACUCCGGCCUCACCAGAUCUACUGUCUACAGGCGACAGUGGAGGGCGGAACCCUGGAUCUUGCUGACCCAGGGCCCCCUGGCGGACUGGAGUAUGAAGACACCCUCGACUGCAACAGGAUCUACCCAUCAUUCCACAUGACUGUCCAGAGACAUCCGGACAGUGAGCGACUGCAGCUGAAUCUUCAGCUGUAUCCGCAGGGGGAGGACACCAACGUCGUCUGUAGCUGCAAAAGGCGUUUAUACGGAGGAGCUGCAGCUGGACAGAUCACUAGUGAAGCAGAUGUCCAACUACACUUCCACUUCAUCAAAGAAAAGGUAAGCGUAUAUUGGAAAGACUUGGCCUUCUUCCUGGGCUUCAGAAGACCCGACAUCGAUGCGAUUCAGUACAAACCAACCAACCGCGACGCCAAGGACUGCUGCAUGGACAUGUUGGAGGCGUGGCGGAGGCGGAGAGGCGACGCCGCGACCAUACAGAAGCUUCUGCGGGCUCUGACUGAGGCGGGACUACAGGACAUCGUGGACCAGCUCAACGCCAUGAAGAUAUAGUAGACUUAACGUCUCAUCCUAGGGCUAUAGAGAAACUAAUGACUCAUUUUUACCUGAUUGAAGUGAGGAAAUUGCUGUUGUCUUUCCCAAUGACGUGUAGGGUUUGUCAAGAACUUAAUUCAUGCGCUCCAGACGUUAUUGUUAUCAUGGUUUGGUAUUAUCAUUUUAAGUAUGUUAUUUCAUACAAUAUAACUAUUGCCUUUAUUAAAAAUUACUAAUAUAUUUUGAUUUAUACAAUUUUAGUCUUGACCCACCAUGAUAUUGGGUUUACCUUACCGAUGUUUUGUUUUAAACAAAGGAGCGAACAAACACCUAUAAAAUAUACCUGGUAAUAGAUAAAUAUGUGAAAUAAAAACUGAAUGUAACUUAACAAUAAAAGGCACAUUUAUAUUACACAGACAAAUUUAAUCAUCUUUAUAUCUAUCAACUAAUCUAACUAUAUCACUACAUAGAUGAUCUAUUGACAUCUAUAGGCAGGUGUAGAAGUCAACAAGCAAUACUUUCGGUCACUCAACUCAAGAAGACGUUUGAAACUACAUUUUAUCACUGCAGUUGAGUCUAGAACACGUGGUGAACAUUUCGCGUAGAAUAAUUUCUUUUAUUACAAAAAAAAGUGACCUGUAGGUAGGUUAAGGGACCUGAGGAUAUCACAAUUCUUAUCGUGAAUUACUUUAAGAUUUGAAAUAAGGAAAUUAUAUAUCAGAGUUGACAAUAACUGUCUUUGUGUAUCAGGUUUGGCCAACAUCUUUACAUAACACUAAAGUAAAUGUCUCAAAUGCUGAUUCAUAGCUUUAGCUACCUUUUUAUACUUGUUGUGAUCGACUGAUCCGCAGCCGACUGAUGGUGAUGAUGAUGAAGUUUGUACGAUUGUUAUCAAAUUGAAUGCGAAGUUCUCCAGUUCAAACUGGUUCAUGAGAACAAUUGCAAAUAGUUUCACCAAGUGUUUUUCAAGGGCUGUUAUAUGUUUUGUUCGUUUCGUUCUUUUCGAAUUAAAUGGGUCUUUCUGCUUAAGUUUAUGUCCUCGUCAUUCAUCCCAUUUUAUUUCACUGAGUUCUUAAUGAUCUACAUUUGUAUAGUCUUAUUUUGAUUAAGUGUAAAAGGCUGAACCCUUCACAUCUGGUAGUCGUUGUUAUCUAUUGACUGGCAAGAAAACAGACCUGUCCUUGGUGCUAAUUUGGCGUUUUUCUGUAAAAUGACGUUACCUUCAAGCAGGAUUUGCAUCUUAUAUCAUAAUAAUUUCCUAUCAAGUUUAUCAAACAUACUGACAAAUAGUCUUUAAAGAUUCUGAAGACUAUUCUAAGUUAACUGUUGUCGUAUAGACUGACAUUCAAAGACAGAUGUCUUCCUUAGUAUGGUAAAAACAAUGGUCCUAAGUAAUGGGCAUGUUUGUUUUCUUUAUUUGCUUUACUAUUACUGAAUCAUUUAUAUCAUAUAAUUACAAUAAGAACAACCCAAUAAAAAGUUCGUAUACGAGAUGUAUUGCAUAUUAGUAAUUGAUAUGUUAUUGCUACGAAUUCAUCUGCCAUGGUAAUGCUUGCGUGUGGAA